AUGGAACAGCCUGACUCAAGUGCAUCUAGUACCUGCACAGUGAUCAAGACGUCAUACGACAUUCUUCAUGAGCGCAAUCGACGCUUCUCUGCGUCCAGGGACAGGCAGAAAAACACUGUUUGGACGGAGCAGAGACGUCUGCUAGCAGGACAAGCCAGUACUCCCGCGACUCAUCAAGUGCUAGAGCUAGAUCUGCAGAACAUGUACUGUGAUGGCUGUAGAUCGGACUACAAGCACUACGUCAAAAUAGGACCGAAUACGUUCGAAGAUAUUCUGAUUCUGGAGGAUAUUCGCUCAGAUGCGAUUGCCGGCAUAUGCACUUCCAUGCCAAACAACAUGCGCGAGCACCUGACCGACCGUCUCACAGCCUGUUUUCCUUUCGACCCAUUGAAGACGAUUAGCACCGCAUCAUCAAUCGGCGACAUAACAUUUGAAGUAUUGCACUUCUCGUGGUAUAAUCGCCAUUGUACACAGGGCAACACUGCCCCUACAGAUGUGCCUCCAUUUAUGCUCGGUCGACCCAAUGGACUAAGAGUCAACUACGCACAAAUGUUACCGUACACAUCCAAGGAUAUGCGGGAACACGAAGACAUAUAUUGCUCAUUGAGAAAUGUCCUUGGCGACGUCUUUGAGUGGCUUGAUUCCAAGCUAGCAGCAAUGUUCCCGAACUUCUACGUCAGACUGGAGCAGUUCGCGGAAAUAUUACCGGGCAACAGCGCGCCCUUGUCCGCUCCAUUCCUCGGUCUCGUGGUGAAUUUAAACGUCGUCACCCAAGCACACCGAGACAGCAAAGACUACGAUAUGUGUCUUGUGCUCGCGGUAGGAGACUUCGACGAACCUGAGUCUCGAAGAGCCCUCAAGUUGAUCGGAUUCGAUAACGCGAACUCCGCGAGUACGGCGGUCUUCGGAAACUGCGAAAUCUCGCGCCGGGCACUGUGCGCUCACCUUCCUACAACCCUCUGCAUUCUCCAAGCCCUCAAGAUGGCAUCGCGAACUCGCUCAGCGACCAAAAAGCAAGCCCCAGGACAUCGCCAAACAUCGCAAGCAGCAACAAGCGCCGGUCAGAAGGGACGCGCGAGACGUCAAAAUACUAGCGUGUCGCCUGCCAGUGAGAGCGACGUUGCCAACGUCGACACAAGCGGUCUGUCCCAGUCCGAUGCAAAGGCCUUAGCGAGACUCCUCAAGAAAGCGAAGGUUGCGAAGGAAGCUGAGGCUGAGUCCCAUGUAAAGAACACUCGCAAGAGGGUGGUCGAUAUGAUGAGGGAUGAGGAGAGUGAAGACGAGCUGAAGCACACCAAGAAGAAGAAGAAGAAGACUGGCAACAGAGACUACGAUGGCGAUGCGGAUGCGGACGACGGCGAUGCGGAUGCGGACGACGGUGAUGCGGAUGCGGACGACGGCGAUGCGGAUGCGGACGACGGCGAUGCGGAUGCGGGCGAUGGCGCUGUGGAGACGAAGGGCAGCGUAGGAGAGGACGAUGAGCUGGAAGUUGAGGAGACUCGCGUUGAUGAGCAUAGGAGGAAUCAGGGGAAUCAGGAGAAGGAAAUUCGGUCGCGACCCAAGCCGAGGCCAGCGUAUAAGGGAGCUCCAUCGCUCCCCCGAAAACCAGCCCAUCUUGACAAGGAGGAGGCCAGUGUAGCGAAGUCACUUGGUGCUACGACGUCUUCGAGGGGCAAGAGUAAAGCUUCGCGUGUCAAUGAAGACUCUGGAGACGAUGGUGAAGAAGGUGAACAGGUUGUCCGGAAUAUCAAGAAGUCCACUGGCAAGAGUAAAGCCUCGCGUGUCAAUGAAGACCCCGGAGACGAUGGCGGCGACGGUGAACAGGUCAUUCGGAAUAUCAAGAAGUCAACUGGCUCCUCGUCUUCUGCGAAGAAGGUAGCACCGGUCAAUCCGCCAUCUCCGUCACAGGCCAAGCGCAAGGUAUAUAUUGACGUGCCGAUUGUGGUGAAGUCGCCAGUGCGUGGAACAACCUCGAGGUCAGCCAACGACAAGGACAAGCCGAAGAAGAAGGCAAAUCGAUUCCAGAACGCCAGCGGCAGCGACAGCGACAAGGACACCCACAAGAGCUCCGAGGAUGCAAGCGAUGACGACGACGACGACGACGAGUAUGCAGGGAGUGAUGGUGGCAAAGGGAGUGACGAAGGAGGCGAAGAUGUGGAUGAGAUCGAAGAUGAAGAUGAUGACGAUGGUGUAGUGGUCUUGGCCGAGCCUGAGGGCAAGGCUAAGCAGAAGCGCUCCAAGGGUAGUCGAGGGCGCAGAGAACGAGCGAAGAUAACCAACCUGCCCAUCGCAGUCAGGCCCCUUGUCACAGCAUCGCAAAACUGCCUUCGCCUGCGAAUCGCGCUCAAGACCGCGUGGACGGCGGAAUCCUCAGUGAAAAGCGGACGACUUCCGAAACGAGAUGCCUUAAUCCAUGACAGCUUGCAGGAUGCCCACGAGAUACGGGAUAAGGACGGCAAGCGCAUCAAGGCAUUGAAGACUGCUUUCCGAUUGAUCAACGGUCCCAAGGACGAAGAGAAGAAGAGUGCGAAGAAGCGAACUGAGAAGGAGGAGAGGGAAGAGAGAGAGCGUCUGGCAUUGCAGCAGGAUGUCUUCACUGUGGUCUGGGCGUCCGCAUCGCAGUUCCGAAAUGAACUGAAGAAGAAAGCCAAGGUCGUUGUCGACCAGAUAACGCACGCUACGGACGUCCUGGAGGGGGGUUCGCGAAACAUACCGAACUUCGUCUUCAGCGACAUAGACAUCGUCUUCGACGAGCACAAGCGAUUGGACGUGAAGGCUACUACGUUCAACCAGGAUGAGCCCUUUCGCCACGGGGCUAUAGCUGAGCUGGUCUACCAACACUGGGCGUUGGGAGCGCGUCCGGACGCUAACUUGCACGCGGCGAUGGACGAGUUUCGCAAGGUCCCGGACAACCUUAUUGCCGUCGUCUGCAAUGCUAUCGAGAGUGCUUUGACGGACGUUGUGACUAAUGGCCAGAACUUCUUCACUAACAAGCUGUUCGCCGCGAAGUGGGAUGGCCUGAUGGCGAUCCUUUCGACGCUCAAGGAAGAAGCGCCUGAGCACUACAAGGAGACUAAGUCGAUUAUCUGGGCUCAGAUCUCCGUUCGCCUCAAAGCAACCACCGUGGAAGACGACACGUCUGAUAACGCGAAGGGCUCGAGCUUCCUCAAGAUCGAUCGUUUGCGUGCCAAGGUCGGCAAAUCGUCUCCUGUACAAGAGAGGGGGAGAGCGACCUCCAUCAGUACGACACAGGCAGCGAGCGCGAGCGCGAGCACGGUCGUGAGGCAGGCGUCAAGCCCGAGGAAGUCUGGAGGAUCUGGAAAGCCUCCGUCAAAGCCUUCGUCAAAGCCAUUGUCAUCAUCCAAGACGGCCAGUGGCAAGACAGCGAAGUCUGCCGCCAAUCAUGAUGUGGACGUUGACAUGGACGGCGAAGGCGAACUCGAUGGCGACGGCGAACGCGUUCAGGGGGCGCCAGAGGCUUCUGGUAGCAAGGUCAUGGAGCGUCCAAAUGAAGAGGAGCACGUCGUCGAUGAGACCGUGGGUCCCCAAAGUCAAGGGACGAACGUCUGA